UAGAAUAAUGAAUGUUGAAUUGUUUAAUAACAUUUUUUUUAAAUCAAGUUUUCCCAACACCUGAAAGUGUUUUCCCUGCUUUGACCGUUGCAAGAGCAUAAAAUGUUCGGUUACACCCGAACUUAGCCCUUCCUUACUUGUUUUACAUUGACUUUAUCAGUGCGUUCACUUGCCUUGCCGCUGCUACUUGUAUUUUUAUAAUUCAACGCCGCUCGCUGCUUGCCGCUUUAUACAACUCAGCACACUAGUGAUUUGUCCGCUUUGCGAGUUUACGAACGCGAAAGCUAUCGGGCAGGUUCUGCUGGCUUUUCAGAAAUUCACGAUUUUCAUUUCAGUUCAUCGAUCUCAACGUAAGCGAUCGGACGCAGUACUUGCAAGCGGGCGAGAUAACAUCGAGUUACAAUUAAAUAUGAUAUAAAAUAAUACAGCUAAUUGUGGAAUUGUGUGAAAUUAGAUUUGCAAAGUAUUGUUGUGUGUAGUGAAAAAAAGACACUCGUCAGUGCUCGGUUUCAAUAAUUCGCAAAUUCGCGCUCAUUCGCCAACUAACUACGAUACAUACUUACACAUACAUAUAUAGACAUUGUAUAUUGUUUUGACAUCUAUUUAAGAACUUUAUCUUAUCAUCUUCGUAUCAUCGUGUAAUGCUUAUGCAGCGACUAACAGCAGCCUAUCGUCGGUGGUCCGUCAGACUUGCCCUCGUCCUCAUUCGUUGUGCUACGCUAGAAAUCUAGCAUUUGCUUGCUGAAAUGAAAUGAUACAAGUAUCGUGUUAAGAGAAAAUUGACAGUUUUCAAUCAAAUUUCGCAAAAAGCCGUCGCAAAACUGUCACCGCCGACAGUCAAAAUUGUGCUUAAAAAGCUGAAAAAUCGUUGCGCCAAAAGUUCUUUCAUAAAUUGGAAACGUCGCAAAAGGAGGCGAACGGCCAACAGUAGCAGCGGCAGAGCAGGGUAUUAAUCAAAACAUGCAAAAAUACAUACAUACAUAUAGAAAUAUGCCUACAUAAUAAAUGCUCAUUUUGAUUUGAAUUGUGAGCCUCGUAACAUAUGUACAUAUGUGUGUGUAUGUAAUACCAACCAGAGAUGGUGCUGACUUACAUACAAUAUAUGCAUGCAUACUUGCAUACAUAAAUAUCAUAAUGUGCGUGUGCUGGUGGUAGCCUUUUUAUUGUUACUAUUUAGUUUUGUUUACACUAACGCAGAAAAAGCGCCACAACAAUAACAUAAUUUCUACAAAAACGCAUUUGAUCGGUAUAAAAUGCUCGGUAUAGAAUUAAAUGCAAGCAAUCGUUUGCGAAAAUCGCGAUCGCACAGAGUUACAAUAUCACUUUAAAGAAUAUAAUGUGGGCAAGUGCAUAAAGUGUACUGCGAAAAUUUUUUGUGUGAAAAACAGUUUUGAAAAAAUAAUAACGAAAAUGACAGUGGUUCUUUAACUGAAACAGUGUUGAAAAAAAACAUAUUGAACGUGAGCGCACAAAAAAUGAUAUUUAUUGAAAUUUAGUAAAUGCCGCAAAUCAGAGUUUUUCACAAAGACAGAGAUAAAGACAAACGGCCUAAAUGUGGCACAAAAACAACUACUUUAACCACCUAACUGCAUGCAUGUGUGUACUUGUAUAUAGCAAAUAAAUUUAGUGAAAAAUAAAAUACAUAAACACCUAUAAACACACACAAUCUGUGGGUGAGUGAAAAUAUCAUCGAUAAGUUGCAAUAAUAAUAAUAACAAUAAACCCGAAAAAAGCGCGUUCAAGUUGAAAAAACCAGUUCGUCAGCGCGCAGCAGGCAGCAAGCCGCAGCAAAAGCCAAAAUAAUAAUAACAAACACAUAUACUAUACUCGUAUAGAUAAAAAUAAAAACAACAUUGAAACAAAUUUUUUUGCAACGUUGCCAUAUAAAUAUACAGAGGCAGGCAGGCAGUCGAGUUCUUCACGAUUUUCUCGACGCUUGUUGUUAUCAUUGUAUCCGCCGCAGCAAUAACAGACGGAUCAACGGGCAACGUCGCCAAAUACGGCACAAGACACAAGGCAGAAGGCAAAACAAUGCGUUUCACUUACAAUCAGUAUAAUUAUUCCGAAUCCGGUUAUCGGAUUCCAUCCAAGAUGCACAACAGUAAUACGGGUAACGGCUCAUUGGCGGCCGCACAUCAGCAUCAUUACAGAAGUAAUUUUGGUAUGCGUAUGACCAUGUCGACGGCAUCAACGAUGACAGCACGCAUUCAACGAAAAGGUUUUCGUACGCCCUCGAAGCGAUAUCCGGGCAAGGCGAUACCUAGUAAAUUGCAUUCUGUUUCGCGGAUUGGUCCUGGUAAAUUGGUGCCUGGCAAGCGUUUUCCACAACGACCACAUCCACCACCCUGCGAUAAUUCCAAUGAUAGCGGUUUUGGCUUCGAUCAGCAUGUUGAAGUGCAACAGCAGCAACAACUGCAAGCACAUCAUCACCAGCAUUCGGCCAGUGGUAGUAGCGCCAGCAGCAGUAGUAGCAGCAGCAGCAGCAGCAGCAGCAGUAGUAGUAGUAGUGGUAGCCCAGGCAAUAGUAGCGACAUUAUGCAGAACAACAACAACACUGCCACCAAUCUUAGCAUCCAUAAUAACAACACCAGUAGCAAUGGUGGUCAUCAUCACGGUAAUAACCACCAUCAUCAUCAUCAUGGACAUGGUCAUCACCACAGCUCGUCGGCAAUGCCGCAUUCCGCGCAUGUCAUACGUGCCAUACCGGCUUCAAGUUCAACACCCAACAAGAAAUUGCCGUUUGUCAACUCCACGGACGAUGAGGACUAUUUCGAAGAUUUCUGUACUGAUGACUCCAAUGAUUACUAUCGCAAACGCUUGAAUUCGGAUUCUAACAGUCAGCCGCUCGGUGGCAUUAAUCAAAAUCAAACCACGCAACAGCAGCAGCAACAACAACAACAACCACAAUAUGCCGAAGAUAAUCAAACGAGCACGAAGCGUAGAAAGCUCGAAAGCUUUGUGGAGCUCGACAAUGACGAUGCGUGUAGCGAAGAUGCGUUUAUACGAAAAAUUGCUAGCGCCACCAAUUUAGAAGCGCCAACCGUUGAAGCACCGCCACCAACACUGAUGCUGCUACCCACAGUGGCGCCCACAAAAUUCAUACCAACAGGUCCUCGCGCCAUGAACAGAGUGGCACACAAGCGCCAACCGGCGGUGCCGCAAAAUACUAUAGUGACCUCAUCGAAUGGGCGUGUGCAGCUAGAAAUUGUCUCUCAGCCAGAGCAACAGCAUCGUGCGCGUUAUCAGACUGAAGGCAGCCGUGGCGCUGUUAAAGAUCGCAGCGGCAAUGGUUUCCCCAUCGUGCGUCUCACCGGCUACAAUAAGCCCACUGUGCUGCAAGUAUUCAUUGGUACCGAUAUCGGUCGCGUGGCACCACACAUGUUCUAUCAAGCUUGCAAAGUGGCUGGGAAAAACUCCACACAGUGUAAUGAGAAGAAAGUGGACGGCACCAUGGUCAUCGAAAUUGAUUUUAAACCAGAGUCUGAUAUGACAGUUACUUGCGAUUGCGUAGGCAUACUCAAGGAACGCAACGUUGAUGUGGAACACCGAUUCCCGGAUCAUUUGGCGCAGAAGAAUAAAAAGAAGUCAACACGCUGCCGCAUGGUAUUUCGCACACAGCUAACACAUGAUGAUGGCACUUUGGAAAUGCUACAAGUCUGCUCAAAUCCUAUUAUUUGCACACAACCACCAGGCGUGCCGGAAAUAUGCAAAAAGUCACUAACCUCAUGUCCAGUAGAUGGUGGACUCGAACUCUUCAUUAUCGGCAAGAAUUUUCUCAAAGACACACAUGUGCUCUUCCAAGAGACCUACGAGAGUGUGCCGCCAAAUGAAGUUGCAACAGAAUUAGCUGUGCGUCAGCAUUUAGGCGGUGCAUUGUGGGAACAAACAGUGCUACCAGAUAAGGAAUAUUUACAACAGACUCAUUUAGUGUGCGUUGUGCCACCCUAUAUACAUCAAAAUAUACUCAAACCAGUCACUGUGCAAUUGGUAAUUAUUUCCAGUGGCAAAAAGAGCGAGCCACACGCAUUCGUCUACACGCCAAAAGGUAGUUACACGACCUUGGCAGCUGCAACCACAUUAAGCUCAGCGGCAUUGCAUGGUAGCUUAUCAGCGGCACAAGAUGCCAGCACAUUUAUGGACACAACGAAUGCUUUGACGCCCACCUUGGGUGGAACUACGGGCGCUGGUGGUGCCGCUGGCGCAGUGCUUUGGCCCGCCGGCACAGAGACCAAGCAGGAGAUCGAUUCCGGCAUGAUGCCACCACCAAUUACCACACAAAUGCCGAUGGGUGUGCGACGCCCUUCAUUACCCACAGCCACGCCCAUGUUGACCGAUCAGCAGUUGGUGCGCAUGAACGUCGCUGACACGCUCAAGACUGAGUUGAUCGAUGAGACAUCGCAAAGCUCGCUGUCUGAGGUAAUUCAAGCGCCCGAUGUCGUUAUGGCCAAUUGUGGCGCACCCAUUAGUCCGACGGCUAUGCAAUUUCACACACAUUACGAUCACAAGAAUAGCAUGGAUGCGAUGAUGUUCGAUUCGAAUAGCAUGUCCGCGUUUCCAGUAGCUGCCGUAGCGCCGCCAUCUGUAGCGGCCGCCGUUGAGUUGGCCGUGAAAACCAAAAUUGCUAAAGCUGUGGCACAACAACAACAGGCUGUCGCUGUGGACAAAUUCAUUACGGAUUUGACCAAAUCGACAGUGGUGGCAGAUGAUGCCACUGUGGCGGCUGUUGUCGAGGAAACCCUAUUCAGCGGCGUCGGUGGUGUUAAUAGCGCCGUCAGUGCGGUUAUCGAGCAUCCGUUCGAUGACAUUAUGCAGCAACAUCAACCACCAGCCGUACUCGAACGCAGUUUAUCCAUAUCGAGCAACUCCUCCUCGAAUUCUAACAGUUCGAGCGGCUCUUCGCCACACAAUGGUCUCACAGCCACACUCUCUGUCUCACCAAAUAACUCGUUGAAUGGCCACAACUCACCCAUUACACAGGAUAUUAUAUUGAAUUCGGAACCUGCGGCUGUACUAAACGCCAUGCCGAUGCAACAACUCUUGCCUACAGCUUUGGGUGGCAGCCCGACUGCGGCCGUGUCACCGAACGCGGUGGUCGAGGCGGCCGUGCAAAGCACGCCAAAUGCCGCUACCGUGACCGAUCCCACUGGCGGCAUUUCCACGGAAAUGAUCAUGAAUCCCGCUGUCUCGCCGUCCACUAUUCUGUGCUCAGCUAACGGUGCUGCCACGGCUGUGGUGCCAAAUAUUAUGGCGCCACACCAAGUCACCAUGGCCAAUUCGAUUUUGAAUGAUAUCGCCAUGCAACCGCAACCGACACAACAACAUGCUGCUGUAGCGGCGCUUGCGCUCAGCAACAUUAUAAUGAGUCCGACCAACGCACCGGGUGCGGUGGUGGAUGAUGUGGCAAGUGUCGAACAGACUGUUGAUCAACCGGCCGAUGUUACGGUGGCCACUUCGACUGCCGUCAGUAAUUUGAUUAUUAAAGCCGCUGCCGAUCUGAUAUCGAAUCAGGAGAAACAGCAACAACAACAGCAUAUACAGCAACAACAUCAGCAAAUUCAGCAGCAACAACAACAGCAUAUACAGCAACAACAUCAGCAAAUACAGCAGCAGCAGCAGCAAAUACAGCAACAACAACAGCAAAUACAGCAACAGCAAUUACAACAACAACACCAUCAUCAUCACCAACAAGCGGCACAGCAGCAGCAGCAGCAACAACAUCAGCCCACGCAAGCAUUAAUAAAUGGUGCCGCAGCCGCCGCCGCUGCCGCUGCUUCCACUGCCAGCACCAGCCCUUUGGUGAACUUGCUUUUAAAUCAUCCAGACGCGCCGCCAUCGGCCGCAGUGGCAGCAGCCGCGGUCAGCGAAGUUCAGUCGCAAUUCUCAUUGGCCAUCCCUCCCACAGCUCCGCAGGAAUCUCUCAUUGUCGCUUUGGCCACCGAAAACUCAAUGCAAAAGUCCGUCGCCGCAGCUGCAGUGACCACAAACGGCGCUGUUGUUACGCAACAAACUACUGCUCCAGCUGCCGGCAUUCUCCCUGGCACUGCCGUUGGGCCCGUGCCACUUCCGCAAGAAUUGACCACCAUGUCGGAUCAAGAUUUGCUUAGCUACAUCAAUCCAAGCACUUUUGAUCAAAUCUAAAAACGUGGCGUUACUUGAUUUCUACAAGUGAAUAACGAGUGGGGUAUUUCUUUUGUAUACCGCUGAUUGCGUUCAGAGGCGUUGAUUGGAGGCGGAGAAUGGUUCAUGGCCAAAGCGCCAGCCUAAAAGUUGCCCGACAGCAUUGACAUUUUGCUAAUUAAUUGUGACACACAAAAAAUGUGGUGUCGAGUGUAGCUGGACGAUGCUAUGAGGCAGCUGCUGAAACAAAAACGAACCACAACAUUUAACAAUAAAUUAACUAGAUAUGAAAUCAUGCAGAUAAAUAAUUUAUACAACAUGCAUACAUACAAGCACAUACACAUAAAUAACUGUUGUCUUAAUGUUAACUGGCAGUGAAACUGUGAAAAGCUUAAAUUGAAACUUUUCGUCGUGUUUAAAUGUUGAAUGGCGCAAAAAAAUUGUUUUUAUGUCCAAAUACUUGCAUUACUAGCUGAAAAUUAUAGAUUUUCCUUAAUUUAAUUGCGAUUGUAACUAUUAUAUUUUAAUGUAUGCCCUAAAAUUACAUUGAACUCAAGAAAUAAUGUGGAAUUUUAUGAAAAAAAAAAUUGAGACACAUGCGUAUCUACUUGUAUAAUUGUGUCGUUACCGAAUUUUUUUCUUUAAAAUUUACAUAUUUUAUUUGGGAAUUGCGACCAAAACAAGUCUCUGGUGCUUUAAGCACAAAACUACAAAUGAAAAUUUUUUUUUUUUUAAUUAAGUCAAAUUAUCUGACCAUAAUUACUUAUUACUGCCAUAGGUCAAGUGAAGAAUUGAGCUAACCCUUAUUGUUAUUAUUAUUGUUAAACUUAAAGUAACAAACAUGAUGAAUUGAAUUGUACUACUCUCGUCGGUAUUGCAACAAAAAAUAUACACGAGACUACAACUAUACAUAUAAAUUUAUACUAUAUAGUUUUUAAUGUCAAGCUUUGAAAUAUAGUAUGUAAUACGUAUUUUUGUAUAAGUCUAUACUAUGUAUCUGAUUAAUACAUUUACUACAAUAAUUAUAUACACAAACAUAUACAAUACAAAAAAAAACAUAACAGAAAUAAUAUUUAUAUAAAUAACAAUUAAAUAUGUCUUACAAAUAUACACAAUAAUUUGCAAGCAAACGAAUUUGCAUUACAAAUAUGGUCAAUAAGCUACAGUUAAGUUGAAAAGUGAACGCUAAAUUAUUGAAUUGCACUAAAUUUUUGUUUAAAAAUUUUGCAGUUGAGUGUGUUGACAUUUUUAGAUAUAUAUAUAUAUAUUUAUAUUUACAUUUCAAUUGGGCUCGAAGUAAAAUUAUAUAGCAUACAUGUUUACUAUAUAUAAAUAACUGUCUUGUAGAAUAACUAAUUUUUAUGCUGUUUGGCUCAUGUAUGCACUUAGAUUAUUGAAUGGAUUAAUUGUAUACAGUGACCUGCGUUUUAUGUGCACUUAAAAUAAAAUAUAUAAAAAAUAUAAAGUUAAAUUUAAAAAAUAUAAAACUUACUAAACAAAAAAAAACAAAAACGUUCACUAAAGCAACACAAAUUGGUGCAAAAUUUUUAAAAAUAAAAACAAAAAAAUAUAUAUUUAUACAAAGUUGAGAGAAUAUUGCAAAAAGACUUUUUGAUAGUUCGUUAUUAUAAUUAUUUUUUAAUUAAAAUUAUUUUUGCGUUACACUGAUAGCUUAGGCAUUACAUAUAAGAUUACAUUUAAAUUAUAAGUGGAGUUUUUAAUGUGCGUUGUUGAGUGAUUAAAGCGUUUCGCAAAGGCAGAUUUCAGUAUAAUAUGGAAAACACUCAUUGAGAUUUUUGAAAUUGUAUUUUGAGCUGUUUCUCAAAUAUUGGAAUCUUUGUUUUUUGUAAAUUUGGCGUGAAUUUGAAGAGAUAGUUACUCAUACAUUUACACUUUUAUUGUAGUCGUGAUUGUGCGUAUAACAACAAUUUAGUGUAUUUGAAAAGAAAAAAUAAAGUAAAAAUUAAUAAUAAUUUUUGUUAUUUUCCUAUUUCUUUAAGCUUUUGCAUAUGGCAAUUACUAUUAUUUGUUGCUUUAAAUAAAGAAAAAGUCAUUAAAUUCAACUAGUAUGGAAAUGCAAAUUGUGAGUAGUUGUAAAUGUGGAUAUUAAUUGUGAUACAGUGCUGAAUAUGUGUAUGUACACUCAUACUUGUCUAAAUUAAAAUUUGAAGUCAAAAAUGUGUAAAGUUUAUAAUAAACUUUAAUGUUAAAUAAAUAAUUUGUAAUAAAUGUUAAUAAAUUUAAACAACUUUAAUUUAGCAUAACUUAAAACAAACUUGCGAUUAAACAUAUGUAUAUUUACUUGAAAAAUACUUUGCCACACAUGUUUCAAGCAACAUUUAAUACAUUACUUAUAUUUUAAUUGCAUUUAUUUAUUUAAAAUUUUUUUUACAUUAAUUUUUAAUUUUUUUUAUUAGUUUUUUUAUUAAUUUUUUUUAUUUAAUUUAUUUUAUAUUUUUUUACAAGAAAUCAUCACUAAAUUUAGUUUACAAGUAAUAAUAAAUACAUAAUGUAAUUGUUCUACCAACAGAAUGCUUCCCUUUUUUGUUUACAAAAACAAAAAAUUUAAACAUAGCCUUAUAACCUGUACAUGUACAUCUAUUUAUUUAAGUAUGCAUUAAUUUAAGAAAAAAUUAAAUACAAAGAAGAAUAAACAACGCUGACUUAUAAUAAAUAUUUGCAAGUUAUAUUAAUGUACUCGUAUUAGGGUGUCCGUUAUAUCCCAGUACAGUUUUUUCUUUUGCAAGCGCGCCCCGAAGUUUCAGUUUUUAACCUAAAAAAGGAGCCAACGUAAACAAGCUCUUUAUUUUUCAAUUUAAAUCGUGCCUAAAUCAUUUUACUUUUUCUAUUUAUUUUAUAUCGUAUUUUUUGGUCGGUUUGGGUAUUCUAAUUCCAAAACUUCCGUUCUACAAAAAAGUCUUAAUAAUUUUUUUCAUCAAAACAUUCCUUCAAAAAUCAUACGCAGUUGAAGUUAUGCAUCACAUAUACUGUAUUCGUAUUGUACACCAUGGCGUAUGAGUAACACAGAAUGCACAAAACACUUGUAUGAAUGUUCAGGUCAUGUAAGUUGUAGAUUUACUGGCUUAAUGCAAAAUAUCCCAUGUUGUAUACAAAGGGUGAUUUAGACACGGUUCAAACUGAAAAUAAAGCACUUGUUAACGUUUUAUCCUUAUUUUUAGGGCAAAAACUGCAACUUCGGAGGACGUUUGCAAAAAAACAAUAAACUUACAAAACAACGGACAUCCUAAUAUACAUAUACAUGCAUACAUAUUAUUUGUUUAUUGUGAAGCUGGAAGUUUACUACGUUCUACAUACACAUAUUUGCAAUCUAUACAGAGAUUGUACAUAUUCUAUGGCUUAAGCUAUCUGACUUUAGCUCUUUGUUUUAAAGUCGUCGUUUUAACGUAUACAUACAUACACACACAUACAAACGAGUACAUUUCACAAUUGCAAUGUAUACAGCGAAUGUUUUAAUAAAAAUAAAUAAAUAAAGUUCAAAUAUACACAAAUAAAUUAAAAAUAAACUUAAUAUAAAAACACACAUACACCUGUACAUCCUUGACUUUGAAAGCAUAUAAUAUUUUCUGGUGUUUUAAACCACUAUAUGAUCAAGUAUCAACGCCUAUUUGCAACUUGCGGAUAAAAAGAUAAAAUUUUUAUCAACUUAUUUUAAUAAUAAGGGCAACUGAAGCGCCACACAGACCGUACAGGACAUUAAGCGAUGGCUAGUAGUGUUUUUGUAUUUCUUUACACAUAUUAUACACUGAGAUAAGUUGUAAGUUGUGUUAAGGAGAUAUUUGUAUAAUUGUUUAUUGUAUACAUAAAUUGAUGGUUUCAGAUAAAUAAAUAAGUGAUGAAAAUAUA